AUGGCGGCUCCCGUUCCAACUUGUGCCCCAGCAGGGACUGGUGAUGAAAUUACGUCUGAAUCCGAACAGGAGACAGAUCCAUGGACGGCACUUGGACCGAUUGUUAAGCGAGACCCUGACAUCAAAUUAAUGAGCGCGCUCAGUGGUCUGGAGCCCUUGGCAUGGUCAGAGGACCACCGACUUGCAGCAUGUACGUCCAAUAGCAUAUCUGUUGUGGAACUUGUGUGCGAUGUCAAUGUUCACGACCAGAACCUGGUUCUGCAUCGGACCACCAUACCUGUGCCGGAGUCUGUAUGCGAACUCAAGGUUGGUCCAGAAGAAGAAGUCUUGAAGGUAAAAACUGCUAUGGCCCUGACUAGUGACCUGACUCAGGCUCAGCACUUCAUGAUCGACAAGGUUAUGAAUCCACAGACUGGUGUGGCGCGAGGAGUCAAGUAUGCCAGCUGGUCACCCCUGGGCUGUGACGUCAAUGGCAGGUGCCUCCUGGCCACCCUCACACUGGACAACAGACUGACUGUGUACAGCAGCCGCAGGCGGCUUCAGUGGACCCAGGAGGCAGACCUAACAAAGCUCUACGGUGACAUGUUGGCGUCCUCCAACUACGCCUCUGUGUCCUAUGACCGCUCUUCCUCGUCGUCGUCCACGUCUUCCUCCACUCCUGUCACACUGUCGGAGCCUGAGGAGUUGCGGCGCCGCUACCGCAUGCAGACGCCCGUGCGCAUGGAGUGGUCGAGGAUGUGCACCACGCAGCAGGUGCAGACCAACAACCAGUGCCAGGAGAUGGAGACGGUGUUGCUAGCCGUGCUGAUGGAGAACGGUGACCUGGUGGUGUGGCAGUUCCGGCUCCCGGUGCGGGGCGAGGACGCGGUGCUGUCGUGCAACACCAUACCCUCGGGCGUGGCGUCUCCCAGCGUGCUGUCCUGGUGGGAGUACGAGCACGGCGGGCGGCGCAUGAGCGGCCUCAUCGUGGGCAGCGGCCUGGGGCCCGUGAAGAUCCUGCCGGUCAACCUCCGCGCCGUCAAGGGCUACUUCACGCUGCGGCAGCCCGUGGUGCUGUGGCCCGAGGCGGACCGCAUUCCCGUACGCCAGAUCCGCUGCGUCAACCUCUUCCACCCGCUGCACAAGUGCAACUGCAGCCUGGUGGUGGCGGCACGCGGCGCUUACCUCUUCUGGUGCCUGCUGCUCAUCACCAAGGCGGGCCUGAACGUGCACCACUCGCACGUCACCGGGCUGCACACCGCGCCCAUCACCUCCAUGAACGCCGGCCACCAUGGCGGCUCCGUCUACACGUCUGCGCUCGAUGGCCGUGUGAAGAAGCUCACACCGGUGUUCACGGACGCCGCGGUCAUCUUCAAGCAGGAGGAGGUGGCCCUGCCCGAGGGGGUUGCGGGCAGGCGGCUGCACAGCAUCAGCAUCAGCCCUUACGGGGCCUACAUGGCCAUGGCUACAGCAGAGGGCUUGACCAAUGGACUACAUCCGGUUGAACGCCACUAUCAGGUCCAGUUUGUGACCUUGAAGACGCCCGCGGAUGCUGGUACUGAGCUGCUGGAGUCAGGGGUGCAGAACCUCUUCCGCCAGGCCGACCUGUUGGACCUGCUGCGCUGGAAGGUGCUCCGGGACAAGCGCAUGCCAGCAUCACUUCUGGAUGAGUUGGACCAGAAGCUCCACGCCGGGGGUGCCGGUGUCGGCGCUAGCACCAGCACCAGCACCGGCAGCACUGCCUACUUGUGGAGGCUCAAGCUCUUCCUGUGCCGCAUCUUCUACCAGUCACUACAAAAGUCGCCCACCGACUCGCGUUGGAAGCCCAACCAUGAGGAGUGCAAAGCCCCGAUGCUGGCAGAGGACGGGGGCUACGAGGACGCUGGUGGUGGCGUUGACGGGGAUGGAGAGGGCGAGGGAGAGGGAGAGGAGGAGCAAAGAGAGGAGGCUAAGGCAGAGGAGGACCAGAUGAGCGAUGUGAUGGACAAGAUGGAGGUGGUGGAGAUGCACCUGACGCGUGAGCACAUGAAGCGCGUUUUGGGGGAGGUGUACUUGCACACCUGGAUCACAGAGAACACCAGCAUCCCCACGCGCGGCGUCUGUGACUUCCUCUCCAGUGACGAGUCAUGCGAUGAUCGGGCAGCCAAGGUCUUGAUUGGACAUUUAUGCAAGAAGAUGAAUAAACAGACGUUCCCAGAGUACUGCAGCCUGUGUAAAGACGUGCUCCCCUUUAACGACCGCCGGCAGACCGUGUGUCCAAAUGGUCAUCUGUGGCUCAGGUGUAUGCUAUCAUACCAGGCAUGCCAAACAGUGAGCUACAGGCGCUGCUUACAGCAGGAUAGCAUUGCCCGACAACCAGGGCCUCAAGACCCGGACUGGAUCAAGAGGCUGCUGCAGGGGCCGUGUGUGUUCUGCGACUCCCCUCUUCUGUAGGACUUCCCCUGGUCCCCACCAGGAUCAAAGGUCAAUAUGCCUGAGGUAGCCAAUCCAGGACAGACCAUGCUGCUAACUGAUGCCAUAAAAACUUAAUAUUCCAUUCCUGUUGUCAUAUUGGCGUCAUUUGAAUUCCAUUUUUUUAUAUUUUACACAGUUUAUAUAUGUUGUUGUGCUUGCGUGUGAAAUAUGUAUAAAUAAAUAGUUAUUUCUCUUAUAAAAAA